AUGAAACGAAAACCGGGAUUCUCAGCAGACACUGUGUUGAGUAAUGGCGAUUGGCCCUAUACCACAACGGUCCAAGACAGCGAUUCAGUUAUAAAUGGUGAUUUGUUAUACGGGUCCACUGAGAAUAAUUUUAUGAAGCAUAAAGCUGUUCGGGUCACUCCAAAUUCGUUGAGGAGUUACUCAUAUCGUCCUAAUAAGUUGUUAAUAAAUCCGAUGAGAAAUUCACCGCUACAAUCUGCAACAACAUUUCGACUUCAUGGAUCUUCGGACGGUUACUGCACCGUUGGGCGAUUAUAUGAAGAAAUUCCGGGAAAUGGAGUUUUCAGUGCCGUACACCCUGGAAAUUCCAUAGCAUAUGCAUCGAGACGAGAAUUACUUUAUGGUAUAUCAUCAGUGCGAAGGCCGCCACCGACAUGUCGUCCACCUCCACCACCCUCCCAGGAUUCUCCACUUAGUCUGGAUUCAUCCGGGAACUCAAUGGAAAGGGAACAUGAUGUAAUGUGUACCGCUCCAUCGCCGAAACGUUCUACCGAUGAUGAAAAAUCUCGGAAUUCCGGUAAUUCAGCUGAUAAUGGGCAUGAAAGUGGCUAUGGUACUGCACCGAAUAGAUCGUGGAACAGUCCGAUGAUUAGGCAUCAACGAAUCUCAAUGAGGGAAUCAGAAGAUGCAUUUCGUCGCCAAGCGCCGUUAACUGUUUAUGCUCAUCGUAAUAAUGCUCAUCCAAUGACUUAUGUUUAA